AUCGCGACUCAAUAUGUAGAACUCUGAAAUAUCGUCUAAUUUAAGUAGUGGUUCAACAUCGAGUGUCAGAGGCUGUAGAAAUACUUCAUUCCGAGUUUCGUCUCUUCCUGGACUACCUCUCAAGCCUACGCAUCGUAGUUGGGCUAUCAACAUCAUGACGUCUCAGUACACUUUAGUGGAGACAGCGUUCGAGAAGACUCCCAAGUCAACAGUGCACGAGCGUGCGACUAGCGAACCUUCCUGGCGACCCUAUCUAGAUCUUGUACGCCUGAGCAAGCCCGCCGGGCUCUUAGGCACUUACUUCCCCUACGUCAUUGGCCUCUUCUAUUCGAUCAACGUGACCGAUCCGAAAGCAUUUUCCGCAGCUAGCUGCAUCAAGCUCAUCUUCAUAUUCCUACUCGAUAGUUUGGUUCUGCGCAGCUUCGGCUGCGCAUGGAACGAUACUGUUGACCAAGACCUUGAUCGGCAGGUCGAGCGCUGCAAAAAGCGGCCUCUUGCCCGCGGUGCCAUCACAACGUCAAACGCUCUCGCUACGACUCUUACUCUCGCGAUUGCACGCCACAUCUUAAUUUACGCCACGUUACCAGCCCGCGCCAGUCAGCACGCCAUACUCACGACGGUACUUGCUCUCAUCUACCCCUUCAUGAAGCGUCUGUGCAACUUUCCGCAGCUCUGCCUCGCCACGGGUGUUGGAUGGGCCGUCUUUUUCGUUGACGCUGCCGUUGUCGACGGAGAUUAUGCAACCGAAACCGUCACCAACUAUCGAGUUCAGGAUCGCAGCAAGGCAAUGUUUGCUCUCUACGCCUGCCAAACCAUCUUCAACAUGACCUACGACACUAUCUAUGCCUUUCAGGAUAUCCAAGAUGAUCUGAAGGCGGGUGUCGGGUCCUUGGCCGUCGCUGUUCGUCGUACGCCUAAGCUUUUUCUGCUAUCAAUGGCAGGCGCCAUGGCCGUUUGUUUGUGGGCCGCUGUUUUCUGGGGCAGUUUGACUCGGGGUCCAUUCCUCGGUGGCGCCGCUGUCUCUUCUUUUGCCGCGUUGUCAAUGUUGGUUCGACUGGAUGUAGGUAACCCACGAGAGUGUAGGGACUUCUUCGUGAACAGUCAGUGGUGGGUGAGUGGCAUGCUGGCGACUGGUCUGGUUGGUGAGCUGAUGAUGGCCAACAUGUGAAUGCAGAGGCCCAGGACAUAACAGGUCACUGGUCGUAUUAGAGAGGACGUUAGGAAGUACCCUGUGACUAGGGGUGACACAUUUCAGGAAGACACGACAUGGCUAUAGCCUUACCUCCUAUAAGAGCAACAUGAAUAGGUCAUGGACCCAGUACAGCGAGUAGAGUUUUAUCUUUAUUACAUGCAUAUGUUAGAAUGCUUACACUAUCUGACUUCCCAUACUGUUGUGUAAUUUACAGUCAGGUCUUUGCAUAUAAAUGACAGAUAGAAGCUUGACUAAGCACAGAGUAAU